AUGCAGCUUUUACACACGGAACCACACUAUUUCUACAUUUAUCCAAAACAUUUUUUUCUAAUUCUUUUAAAUUUUGCAUUUGAAAGAAAUGAAUUAGAGGUUAUGCGAUUUCUAGUUUCCUUACUUCUUUACACCCAAUCAAAAAUUUUAAAGCAUGCACUAAUUGCAAUAGCUAUAGUUCUCCUAUAG